CCUUCGAGCCAAGUUUGGGAAAGACAUUUUGCACAAUGGUUUUUAUGGCUGCACAACCAAAGAAGAAGCUAAACGAAUGAUAAAUGAAAUCUUCUGUUUGGUAGAAGAACUAUCUGACGAAAUGAAGGUUGAUGAAAGAGACACUAUAGAUGGCAAGGAAAAAGCAGGAGGUUACUUUACAGCAGGAACUAAAUUCUACAGAUGAAUGGAAUGAAGCCCUAGCAAAAGAAGGACUGUGGGUUAUAGAUGUCUACCAAGAAUGGUGUGGUCCCUGUGUCGCAAUGGUUGGAAACUUUCGCCGCCUCAAAAAUGAGCUAGGAGAUGACCUUCUAAAAUUUGCAGUGGCCAAGGCUGACACAGUAGAUGCUCUACAGAAGUACAAAGGAAGGUGUGAGCCAUGCUUUCUAUUUUUUGCGGGCGGAGAGCUGGUGUCAUAUGUGCAUGGGGCUAAUGCUCCACUUAUAAAUAGGACUGUCACAGAACAGCUGGCCCAGGAGCACAAAGUCCUUGAUGGUUCUUCUGAACGGAGAGCAGUGAAAGAUCCAUAUGUGGCAACAGACGAUGACAACGUGGUUCUCGAAGAAGAAGAGACUGAAGAAAGCUAUGUACCCCAUCGCAGAGUAUCCACUUAUGCUGGAGAUUAUGAGGAAGAUGACAGGAGAAUGUUUCAGUAUAAUGAUGAAUUAGUUAUCUAUGACGACAGUCUGAUGUCUGCAAAUGAUGAAGAGGAAGAAGAAGAAGGCUAUACUGUGGCUAUUAUCAAACCAAAUGCUGUGAAAAGUGGAAAGGUGGAUGAGAUCUUAGAGGAAAUGAGGGCACAUGGUAUCCAACCGCUGGCUCAAGAAGAACGUCAGCUGACAGAAGAAGAAGCACGGCAAUUCUAUUCUCACCUGAAGGAUGAGGAAUACUUUGAGGACCUGGUCAAAUUUAUGGCCAGUGGUCCAAGUCAUGUACUGGUACUGACCAAGGGCCAAACUGAUGAUUCAAUAAUUCAUGACUGGCGGGACAUGCUAGGACCACCAAGUGUAGAGGAAGCAAAGGAACAAGCACCUAACAGUCUCCGUGCCAGAUAUGGAUCACAAAGUUUUAUGAACGCAGUUCAUGGUUCUGAUUCCAAGGAUACAGCAGCAAGAGAAAUGGCUUUCUUUUUCCCCUCACUACAAUUACCUACCCACAAGAAACCUAAGGAAACUUUGCAGCGCACACUUGCUCUCAUUCGACCAGAGGCAUUUGCACAAAGCCGAGAUGAAAUUCUGGAGAAGAUAAAGGAAGCUGGCUUUCAAAUUGCACUACAGAGAACUGUACAACUGACCAAGCAACAGGCUGAGGAUUUCUACUCAGAACAUGUUGGUCAGCCAUACUUUGAGGAGCUGACCAAUGACAUGUCAAGUGGACCAUUGCUGGCACUGGGACUGGCAAGAAUUGAUGCCAUUGAUGAGUGGCGCACGAUGCUGGGACCUAAAGAUGUUGAAGAAGCAAAAGCAAUAGCACCAGACAGUUUGCGAGCACAGUACACAGUUAGCAAAAGUUCACUAAACCAGCUUCAUGGAUCUGAUUCACCUAAGUCUGCAGAGAAGGAACUGAACUUCUUCUUCCCUAUGGAGCAGACUGUUGCUGUAAUUAAGCCUGAUGCUUUUGGCACCAAAGAUGCCAUCAUUCAGAAGAUCCAUGAGUCAGGUUUUCGGAUUGCUGCUCGUAAGGAAACAACUAUCACCCAUGACAUUGCAGAAAGUUUCUAUGACAGUGUCAAGGAUAAGGACUACUAUGACAGCCUUGUGGAUUACAUGACAAGUGGGCCCACCAUGUUCAUGGUGCUGUCAAGAGAGGGUGCAGUGGAAGGAUGGAGACAAGAGAUUGGUCCCACAGACCCAGAAGUUGCCAGAAGGGAGGCACCAGACUCGAUUCGUGCCCAGUUUGGUCAAGACAUUUUACACAAUGCAGUUCAUGGCUGUUCAACUCAAGAAGAAGCAAUUUCUAAAAUUCAAAAAAUCUUUGGUCCACUUGACUUCGCAUCUGAUGGUACUGUAAAAGCUGAACCACAACAGGCAGAAGAACAAACACUGGAAAAGAAGGAAGAAUCACAAACAGAGGAACAUGAAGGGCAAGAUGCAAAGGAAGAAACGCCAGCAGUGCCAGAUGCAGCAGAACAGCAGCCAGCGGAAGAAGCAGCUCCUGAUCAAACACUUCCUGCAGAUGAAAUCAAGGAGGAGCCUGCUUCUGAUUCACAAACCAAAGAAGAAAAGGUAGAGGAGGCAGGUGGCACCGAAACAGCAACAGCUGAGGAGGCAAAAGCUGAAGAUGAAACAAAAACAGAAACAGGAACAGAAGAGGCGACAGCAGUUGACCAUAACAAACCUGAGGCAACAGUCGAUGAAGGCAAAGAUGAGAAUAAAGAGGAGCCUCAAGAGCAGCCUAAAGAGGAGAGUAAAGAGGAGCCUCAAGAGCAGCCUAAAGAGGAGCCUAAAGAGGAGCCUCAAGAGCAGCCUAAAGAGGAGCCUCAAGAGCAGCCUAAAGAGGAGCCUCAAGAGCAGCCUAAAGAGGAGCCUCAAGAGCAGCCUAAAGAGGAGAGUAAAGAGGAGCCUCAAGAGCAGCCUAAAGAGGAGAGUAAAGAGGAGCCUCAAGAGGAGCCAAAAGAGGAGCCUAAAGAGGAGGUUAAAGAAGAUACAGUGGCUGAAACACCAGCAGACAUCAAUGAAUCCACACAGGAAGAAGCUAGCUAAAGGAGGUGAUAAAGGUUAAAAACAUGAGUUCCAAAACAGUUUUUCAGCUGCUUGUAGCAAAGCUCUCUUUGGUGACUUUGAGCCAAAAUCAGUUUUGACUGGUUCUUCAAGAGAAUUUUUAUCCAGUUUCUUUUCGCUUUUGGAAGAACACUUUCUUAGAGACUAUUUACAUUUUGAUAUGCUUUAUUUUAUAAUUGUAUAAAAUAUACUAUAUAAUAUUAACACAUAUAUAUAUAUGGUGAACGAACAUUGCUUCAUUGUAGCUAUGUACAUAAAUGAACAUUUAAAUGUUCACAUCUU